ACGAGCAAUUGCAAAAGUCAGGCACAAUCAAACAAAGGUUUUAUAUUAUCAAAACUGUCGAAAAAUUGUAAGCAGAAAAGCAGGAAACAAAUCAAGUCCAAGAGCUUGUAACCAAUGCGAGAGAGGACAUCCCAUUCUCAACUGCUCUCUUAGCGCAACGCAAAACAUCGUGGAAUCUCUCUCGUCUCAGCCCCAAACCAGAAUUAACUACCUCGAUCAAGGGAACAAUCAUCUCAAUUUCGGAUCCUUCCGCACAAAUCCGCCCCGAAACACUGUUCUGCACUUUCUAAGCUUAUCACCCCAUCGGGCCCGGAAAAUAGUCCGGAUAAUUAGGGGAUUCUCAAUUCCGCCGCCUAACGAGAACUUUCGUUUUCCAAAAUCGAGCCCGGAAUCGGAAUCGGGCUCUAGUUGAGCUCAGAUGGGUCGUUCGCGAGCUGUACCUCACUCCGCCGACGAUGAUCCCAGCCAGAGUCGCUCAAAGAGGAAACGGACUUCCCAAAAUGUGGAGAGUUUGGAAACUGGAACAGCAGGUCAAGGUUUGAGUGAUGGGAAAAAGGCUUCAUACCACUGUAAUUACUGCAACAAAGACAUCUCCGGGAAGAUCCGUAUUAAAUGUGCAGUAUGCUCUGAUUUUGACCUCUGCAUUGAAUGCUUUUCUGUUGGAGCAGAAGUACAGCCUCACAAAAGCAAUCAUCCAUAUAGGGUCAUGGAUAACUUGUCUUUUCCACUCAUAUGCCCUGACUGGAGUGCUGAUGAGGAGAUACUACUUCUAGAGGGUAUAGAAAUGCAUGGAUUAGGGAAUUGGAGUGAUGUUGCAGAACAUGUUGGAACAAAAAGUAAACAGCAGUGUGUUGACCACUAUAAUGCUAUAUAUAUGAACUCUCCAUGCUUCCCUCUUCCGGAUAUGUCUCAUGUUAUGGGAAAGAAUAGAGAAGAACUCCUAGCCAUGGCCAAGGAGCUGGGUGAACUUAAAAAAGGUUAUACUGCCGUUGGAGAUGUUAAUGUGAAAGAAGAGACUCCAUUCUUGGGCAGAGUCAAGAUGGAAGAUCAAAGAAAAGAAGCUUCAACAGGACGCGCCUCAUCUUGCUUAGCGUCUGCGGAUGUGGUACCUGGUGGUGCUCCAACAGGUGCUGGUAAAAGGGUCAGCAUGGGCCCUAGUAAGGAUGGCCAUGAUGGCAUUAAACUAGAAGAUUCUCAUGCAGACAGGAGUGUUGGAGAGAAGAAGCCUAGGAAUUCAGGAGAUGAAGGGCCUUCUAUGACAGAACUGAGUGGUUAUAAUUUCAAGAGACAGGAGUUUGAAAUUGAAUAUGAUAAUGAUGCUGAGCAGUUAUUGGCAGAUAUGGAAUUUAAGGAUACAGAUACAGAUGCUGAACGUGAACUGAAACUUCGAGUGCUGCAUAUAUAUUUGAAGAGGCUUGAUGAAAGGAAACGCAGGAAGGACUUUAUCUUGGAAAGAAAUUUACUUUAUCCUGACCCUUUUGAAAAGGACCUCAACCCAGAGGAAAAAGAAAUAUGUCGUGGGUACAGGGUGUUUAUGAGAUUUCAUUCAAAAGAAGAGCAUGAGGUGUUACUAAGGAGUGUUAUUGAGGAACAUCGUAUCUUGAGAAGAAUACAAGAUCUUCAGGAAGCACGAGCUGCUGGUUGCCGAACUUCUGCUGAGGCUGAAAGAUAUGUUGAGCAGAAGAGAAAAAGGGAAGUGGAAGAGAAUACCCGUAGAGUGAAGGAGAGUAUGCAGACUGCCGCUAAUGGCAAAUAUGUUCAAAGAGCUAACAGUAUUAAAGAAGAACAUGACAGCAGCCCCCGAGGAGGUCUUAGAGGGCCUGUUGUAUUAGAUUCUAGUGGAAAGGACUUUUCAUCAACCCCUUCAGAGCAUUUUGUUGGAAAUGCUGUAGACAAUUGGGAUGUUAGUGGAUUUAUUGGUGCUGAUUUACUCUCUGAAUCUGAGAAACAGCUGUGUGGUGAGAUCAGAAUUUUGCCUACACAUUAUCUAAACAUUCUGGAAACCCUGUCUACAGGCAUUUUAAGUGGCAAUAUCACAAAGAAAAGUGAUGCACAUGGUCUCUUUAACGUCGAUCCAAGCAAGGUUGACAGAGUUUAUGAUAUGCUCGUCAAAAAAGGGUUUGCUCCAGCAUGAUGGUGUCAUUUUGAUCAUAUGAAGCUUAUCAUGAGGUCUUACCUUGCUGAAGAAUUGUUGUUAAAUAUCCAAUUGUGUGCUUCAAGUGAAAGAUUGGCAGAUAUGGAGCUACUUAUUAUAGGGCAGUGAUACUAAAUAAUGAUACAGUCACAGAAUGGACAAUUUGAUACACAUUAUUGUUUACUUAUAGGACAUAGGUAGCAUAUAGAUUGUAUUGAUAGUAUGUUAAGUUAUUCUGACAGACAACAGGACAUUUAGGUUGCACCCAUUACCUAGUAAAUGUGCUAGGGUGCAACAUCAGAUGGGCACUUGGGAUGUGUUUGGCUGUGCAGAAGAGAAGAGCACUGUAAAUAUGUAACUAUUUAAUCCCUGCUGUUCUAGUUCUCAUUUAGGUGGCUGUUUCCACUUUGUAAGAGUGUUUUCCUUUCAGCUGAACUGAGAUUCUAACACAGCAGAUAUGAACAAGCCACAAGUACAACCUUGGACAAUGUAAUUGCAAAACAGCUAAUUAAUUUAUUUAUCUUCUUUGUUGUAA